CUCAAGCACCAUCCAUCCAUCCAUCCAUCCAUCAUACAUUCCAUUCCCUCUACCACCUACAUACUACAUCCUGACCCAUCCUCACUUCAAACACACCAAACACCCCUCACCUCCACCCCCAAAGAAAAGAAACCAUGGUCUGCGCCAAAUGUCAAAAAAAGCUCAAACAAACGGAGCUCGCCACACCGGGCGUAAAACGUAAAGCGGAGAUGUAUUACGGUUCACCCUCGACAUCUGGUGGUGGUAAGGCUACGUUGGGAAGUACGGGGGUUGGAAAGAGUAAAUUACUCAGUUCCAAGGCAAAGAAUCCCUACGCGGCGUAUUCUUCGUCUUGUGAGGUUUGUAAGACGAAGACGGAACAGGGGAGGAAGUAUUGUCAGCGGUGUGCGUAUCAGAAGAAUGCUUGUCCGAUGUGUGGAAAGGGGUUGACGGGGAGUGUGUCGAAGAAUCAACCCGUGGUUAAGGGGCAGAAGUUUAAUUUGAAGUGAUUCAGAGGUAUCGCGGUAGUACUAGUCUUAUGCUUGUGGGAUUGUUUGGUUGGCUUGGGUACGGUAGAUGGCGUUUGGGAUAUACUUAUGACGAGAAAGCUUUCAUUGCAAAUAAGAAGCGAAGAAACGGAAAGCUAGUUAUACAUGACCUACUAUGAUAUAUGCAAGACUCAG